ACUUAAACCCCCGACUCAUAUUACGCCUCUACCACCUAAACCGCCUUCGAUAAGUAUAAAUAGAGACUCAUGGAUGCGAUUGCAACCAAAUUACACUUUCAAUUUCGCUAAUCCGUUUCUAUAUUUCUACUCGCCGGAAUUUCACCAUCUCCGACCAAGCUUCCCACUUGUUCUUACCGAGCUCUUCCAGAGUUUGGAAAGAGCGGAGGCUAAACGGCAGCACCGGCAACAAGUCUGCAGCCACGUAUAGUGAACAGAACCGUGCACAACCGAUCUACGGUUGGGAUGAACCAAAGCAGCUAGCUUAAGAAACCAAACGGCCCGUUUGGAAGGUUUGGGUCCCCUCUACAAACAGGUGUUGGUGCGAUGUAGUUCGCUUCGUUUUUCGGCAAAUUGUCGAUGUCUCUCUCCGGAAACGCCAAUACGUCGUCCCACGGCCGGCUUAUCUCUGGUUGUUUUUCUGUUGGAUCUUGAACACGGAUUUUGACUUUUGCGAAUUUUGACUUUAGUCAGCUUUGACUUUCUGUUUUUUAACCUUGAAUUUAAAAUUCAUACAUUACAACCGCAGCAGAAAACGAGCGUCGAUACAAACAUGAAGAUCAGUCAGUAUCAUCCGGUAUGAAUCAUUACAUAAAAUCCACUUUAGAGUGUUCAUAUUAAAGUUAAGAGUAAAAUGCCAUUUUCGACCCUCAGUUUUGACUCGUUUUGCGACUUUCGUCCAAAGGUUGUUUUUUUGCAUCUGUAUCUAAAAUGUUUGAACUCUUAUUUUCAUCGGGAUCGUUAACUUCAUGCAUUUUUAAACGAUCCCACGCGUAUAAUGGAAGCAAUGUCAAAAAUACCGCUUGUUGGGUCAACUUCGUUUGACGUUUCUAAUCGAAAACCGUCUCCUACAAGGCCCGUGGAGUCAAACGCUGCUAGGAAGCUUAAAGGGCAAUCAAUGAACAAAAGUUGGGACGGAUGUUUAGAACAAAAAGACGGGAAAAAGUCGGUUUCUUUAGCUAUUCAGGCGAAAGUCAACGUUAAAAAACGAGAGGGUUUGACUUUAAACGGAGCAAAAUCUGCGAACAAUCAACCAGUUUGUGAAAAGAACACACUCAAGAAACCUGCUACAAACAAAGUGCUCAAACCGAACAAUAAAAAGCAGAAUUGUGUACCCGAUAGAGUAAAAUCUCCUGCAAAAUCUUCGGUAUCUUCUACGAAUACGCAAUCUAGAAAAUCGGUUUCUGAUAAGCGCUCAGCGGCUAUAAUUGCGGCGAACAAAACCGUUGAUCGUUGGAAACGUUUAACCGAAGAUGUUAAAAACAAGGGUUGUGCUAAACAAGAUAGAAAUGGAAAAGUUGCAUCUAAAUCUAAUGGUUUGGAUGUUAUUUCUUUUACGUUCACAUAUCCAAUUUCGCGAUCAACGGAUAAGAUUAACCGAAAUAGUUUGAGCUCAGCAACCGGAGGUGGUUCGUUAAGUACCCUUUUGGAUCAACAACUACGGGAGUUAACGGCGAUGAGUCCGGCUUCGGUUUAUCACGAAUCGAGAAUCACGAGAACCAUAAUCUUCCAAGACAAAAGAAACCAAGACGGAACCAGUAAAGACGCUCAAGUAGCGGGUCAAGAAUUCGGUGCAGUUUUCUCAACGAUACUGACGAAAACCGAAGCUGAUCCCGACUCAUCUGGCAAUGAGUCAGAACGCGUGUACAUAAAAAACAUACUUUCGGGCAUCGAGUCAAUGUUUGAGGAUUUUACCUUAAACAGGGCCAGCAAGAUUGUGUUUGACAAGAAGCUCAAAAACCGGUUUUUGACAAGAAACACGAGCCAAAGUUAAGGCGUAAGCUCGUGUUUGACUGUGUGAGCGAGUGCAUUGACUCGAGAUGUGCAGUUUGGUUAAGAGGGCUAGCAGUUGUAACAAGAAAAGACCGGUUGGUUGAAGAUGUGUGUAAUAAGGUCAAUGAGUGGGAACAGAUGAAAGAUUGUAUGGUGGAUGAGCUUGUUGACAAGGAUAUGAGUUGUGGUCAACAUAAAAAGUGGCUCGAUUUUGACUUGGAAGCGUUUGAAAUCGGAGUUGAGAUCGAAGGGCGAUUACUUGGGUCGUUAAUCGAUGAGGCUGUUGUUGAUAUGUUGGUAUCGUAGGUAUGAUCGAAUGCACAAAAUGUUGUUGAUUGAUCUUAAGUUUAUGGUUUUUUUUUUU